CCACAUUCAGGUAUUUGCAGAUGUUAUGGUGGCUUGAGCUUCACAUCCAGUGACGAUGGCUUUUUCUGGCAAUGCUGUGCACCAGCUUUUAACAAACAACAGCAAAGAUGAUUUUCUCUCAGCAUCAGAAUUGUUGCUUCGACUUGCAAACAACGUUCUAGAAAACCCAAACGAUGUGAAAUAUAGACGGAUACGUGUUGGAAAUCCCCUUGUUCAGUCUAAGCUCUUGCCCGUGGUGGGAGGCAUGGAAUGUCUCUUUGAUAUGGGCUUUGUGGAGGAUGGUGAAUACCUAACGCUGCCUGCAAACAACAACCUAAGGGCUGUGCAGCAGAUAAGGGAUGAGAUUUCAGUCCUUUGUCAAAGGGUUCGAAGGGCAGAGGAUGACAGCUCAUCAAAUGGACCUUCCAGGCAACGACAAGAGGAACCUUUCAUGCCAAGCUUAGCACAAAAUUUUGAAGAUUCACAGCAGAGAACAAUGGCUGCAGCAGCUUCAUCUCUUUCAGCUAUGUCCUCCACUUUAUCUUCUUCAGCUACUCCCACAGCCCAAGCUUCCCUUGUUGCAGCAGGUGCUCCAGUACAAGAACAGCGAAUACAGACAAUAGAUGAUCUCAAGAGGAGUGAAUCUGCCUUCUUUGCAAGAUUGCAGUCUGGCAUGUCUCAGGUUCUUCUUUACGAAGACCCUUUGCUUCAGGACAAGGCAAGAGCUCUUGUCCCUACAGCCAGACUUAUGCAGGAGGCUGAAGUUCGUCUGCAAGAAUGUAGAUCUGAAGACCCAUCCAGUUCAUUGGAUGUAAAGGAUUGCUUGGUGUUGGAGUUGCUUAACUGGUUCAAAAAAUCAUUCUUUAUAUGGGUUGAUUGCUUGCCUUGUGAGAAGUGUGGUGGUAGCACCCAUCAUGCAGGAAGUUCUGUUCCUACUGAAGAGGAAGCUUUGUGGGGAGGGUCUCGCGUGGAAAAGCAUCAGUGCGACACUUGCAAUGCCUUUACACGUUUUCCACGUUAUAAUCAUCCUGCAAAACUCCUUGAGACAAGAAGAGGACGGUGUGGGGAAUGGGCCAACUGUUUCACACUAUGUUGUCGAGCUUUGAGGUUGGAAGCCCGUUAUGUGUUGGAUUGGACAGAUCAUGUUUGGACAGAGGUGUAUUCUCAGUCGCAGAGGCGUUGGGUGCACUGUGACCCAUGUGAAAAUGUCUGCGACAAACCGCUUCUUUAUGAAGAGGGCUGGGGCAAGAAGCUAACUUAUGUAAUAGGUUUUUCUAAAGAUGACAUACAAGAUGUGACAUGGAGGUACUCAGCAAAACACCAAGAGGUACUCGCUCGUAGAAAUAGUUGUCGUGAAUCCUGGCUUAUCAACACCAUCCAUCAGCUUUUCAACAAAAUGCUGCAGACAAUGUCAGAAUCCAGGAAACAGGAGAUGUUGCACAGGCUGGUUGUAGAACUUGUUGAGUUCAUGACGCCAAAAGCUGCAGCUAAUCAGAGUUUGCAAGGUCGCACUACUGGCUCUCUUGCCUGGAGGCUGGCUCGUGGGGAGCUGGGCACACCUGAGCCAGCAAAGAAGUUUCAAUACGUGUUUCGACUGUUGGAAGAUGAAAAACACAGUGAAAGGGUGUACAUUAAGUACAGCUGUGCUAAAGAUAUUUACAUAAGGGAGUCGCAGUCUGGCUCCACUAAGCACUGGUAUUCUUGUACCUACAACACCAGAUUUAUUUUUCGUAAAGAGGAGAGUGACUGGAAGAUGGUUUAUCUGGCACGAGAAGAUAAUUCAUCGUCAGCUGAAAUAUCUUGGAAAUUUGAUCUUUCAGGAGAAGAUCUGUGCAUCAGCCGGUUGGAGUUGAGAGCCCCAAGUGCAACAUAUGAGAAUGGUGUCGUGUCUUGGCGGCUAUGUGCUGAUGGGCAGUGCUUCACAGUCCCUGGGCCACAGUUAAACAACUUUCAGAGUUUUGAUCUUCACCGCAGCCAAACCUUGGUUCUAACUGCAGUUUUGACUGGAGGACGGGGAGAUGUUGCUUGGCAACAUACUCAGCUCUUUCGCCAGGGUGUUGAUGAUGCAGAAUUUCCCUUUCAGAUUGUUCUGCAUUUGAGUUAAGAAUCUAAGAUUUUACCUUUAUCCUGUUUUUGAGCAGUGUUCCCAAGUUGACUGCACAAUUUGCAACAUGUUCUGAGAUAUGGUGUAAACGACAUCAAUUUGUACUCUGCAUACAUAAAGACAAGCUAUAAGUUAGCAGGCAAUGCCAUUAGAUGAAUUUGUCUCUUCAAAGCCACAACCACACAUCAUGAGGUUCGCCAUUUUGAGCAAGAAGUUUAUCCAGCCUAUAACUCGCCAGUGUGGGACAGUUUGCUUCUACCAGUUUACCCUUCUGAUUGAGUGCCUUCCCUUGAAAAGCCUUAGAUGGCGAUUACCACAAUGUAUGGGCAAGGGAAAAGAGAUUCAUGUUUUGAAUGUGGCAUUUAGACUUGCCUGUUUGGACUAUAUUGCUGUAUAUUUUGUUUCAUGAAUUUGCUUGUGAUAUUGGGGUGUGACCAUGACAUAGCAUUAUGGCAUGUUUGCUUGCAGUUUAUUGCUUCAUAUUUUGAUGGAAUGUUUUGAUUUGUUUAUGGUUAUGAUGAGGUCAGUAUGUUAGGUUGAACACGGACAUGUAGAGGUGGACUUCUGUCUGUCUGCUGAGACCAACGCCUAGCCUCUUGUAAAGUUCUCUGCUGUUGGUCUUGGCAAGCUUAAACAAUAAAUGGGAAUAAACUGGAAGCUUUGUAUGCACCAACUUCGCUGUAGUAGUAAUCUGGAAAAAAAAAAAAUUGUCUGCAAGCAGUCCAGUAAUGCAAGUUUGUGGUUGGACUAUAUUGCUACAUAUUUUGAUGGAAUGUUUUUAUUUGUUUAUGGUUGUGGUGAGGUCAGUAUGUUUCCAGUAUCUGAGGCCAUUAUAACAGUAAUGUCUUCCAGUCCUCCAUCCCCCCACCUUUCCAUCCAGUAACCAAAGCCUUGACACAAGGAAGUCGAUUCAGUUCUUACUCUGUAUGAAACUCGGAUAACUACACUACCAUCUAAUAAAUGACGGUCUUUGAUCACUUGAUGUCCA